GGUGACGUCAGAGCACUGAAGGACUCCAGCCUAUCCUCUCUAAACAGUGAAGGCAAUGGUCCUGGCAAAGCGUCCUGCCUUAGGAGGGAGACUUUUACACUGCACAAAAGCCAGGGAAACACUCGUCGCUGGAAUGAACCAGAGCCCUCCUGCAGUCGCCGUGGAUUAAAACCGAAACUUUUACGAUGGGUCUGAACGUGAAAAAGUAGCGCGAGAAGCAGCACGCUAAACCGCCACCGCCGCCACCACCACCAACGGACCUUCUACUGCAAAGCAACUCCUAGUAGAUGUACGACCACUGCUGAAAAAUAUGCUCCAGCCAAGCAGCCUCAACCCGGGCUCCAGUCUCAAAUUCGCAGUGUUUUAACCAGUUUCGUGAGACAUUCACGGGCCUCUUCUUCACGUUGUUGUUGUUGUUGUUUUUUUUUUUUUAAAGGUUCUUACCUUUAAAGUCCGCUAUACAAGUCCACAACCCACCUGAGAGAGAGAGGGAGAGAAAUAAGAGAGAGAGAGAGAAUUAUGGCAGGGAAGCUGACAGCAGCGCAAGGCACAGGAAUACUGCUGGUGACAGCCAACGUUGGAUCCCUGUUCGAGGAUCUUGAAAAUCUACAGAAGACAUGGCUGAGGGAGUUUUACCAGACAGUACAGUCGCAUAAGCCUCACUUCUUGGCACUGCAUUGUCAGGAGGUGGGUGGGAAGAAUUUCGAGGAGUCCAUGUCACACGUGGAUAACUUUGUGAAAGAGCUGUUGUCCAGCGAUGCCUUGAAGGAAUACAGCAGAGCCCGCGUCUACCUCGAUGAGAACUACAGAUCCCAGGAGCAUUUCACAGCUCUUGGAAGUUUAUACUUUAUCCACGACUCUUUGAAAAACAUCCAACAGUUUGAUUUCAAAGCCAAGAAAUUUAGAAAGGUGGUCGGGAAGGAAACCUGCUCAGAGACACUAGAAAGCACACCCACACUGGAGAAGGCGAAGUUUCCACAGGACUACUUUCCCGAGUGCAAGUGGUCCAGAAAGGGAUUCAUCAGAACUCGAUGGGCCAUGGCUGACUGUGCAUUUGAUCUGGUCAACAUCCACCUUUUCCAUGAUGCUUCCAACCUUGUGGCCUGGGAGAAAAGCCCAUCAGAGUACUCUGGGACCCGGCAGAAGGCACUGGCCUACGUUUUAGACAGGAUCACGGACCAGCGGUAUGAGAAGCUGCCAUUUUUUGUCUUCGGUGACUUUAACUUCAGGUUGGACUCCAAGAAAGUUAUUGAGAAACUCUGCUCUGAUGCCACCAUGCAGACAAUCAGAACCGACAACAAUGAAAUUCACAAGCUAGUAUUUCAAGAAACUGAUAAUGACCGAAAGGUUAUUCUUCAAAUUGAAAAGAAGCUUUUUAAUUAUGUCAACCAGGAAGUUUUCCGGGAAGACAAUGGGACCUCACUUUUAGAGUUUGAUAAUGAGCUGUCAGUGUUCAAAGAACGUCUGCAUGAACAAGAGAUCGGUUUCCCGCCAAGUUAUCCGUACAGUGAAGACAGCAGUCAGGGGAAGCAGUACAUGAAUACCAGAUGCCCUGCCUGGUGUGACCGAAUCCUGAUGUCUCCCUCUGCCAGAGACAUGUUGCUAAAGCCUGAAAAUGAAGAGAAGUCUAUAGUCUAUGACAACAUUGGGCCCAAUGUCUGCAUGGGGGACCACAAGCCUGUCUUCCUGUCCUUCCGAAUAACAGCGGGGGCAGGUAAACCUAAUGCAAAUAAGCACAAGUGUUGUGUGGUGCAGUGAUGUCGUGGGAAGUGUUGCCAAAGGGGGGAGAACAUAUUCCGUGAAGCGCCUCUGUGAGAACACCCGAGAAACAAACAGGACACCGCACACACACGCACAAAAACACACCCACACACACACUUUGCACAAGCAUACACUGAAGAACCUAGACAGACUUUGUUUCAGCAGUGCUGACCAGUUGCAGUAAUCCGGACGCCUCAUCCAUACGAAAACCCCGACCCAGUUUCUUCCCACGAAACACUCGCCGAGAUCUGGACGAGCCACCCGAGGGCCCGGCUUCCAGACGAGAUACACAUCGCUGACCUCAUCGUUGCCAUGCAACCCUCCCCCAUUCCCCAGAGAAAAGGACAACCAGACGGACGGACGGACAGCUCUCUUCCAUGCCACAGCCUCAUUGCCAAAACUCUAAUUGAACACAGUCCUACUACAUCCUUUUA